AUGAAGGAGCAAGGAAGCAGAGCAGAAGAAGUGAAAAAGCGAGUAGGCGUUGUUAUACAGUCGAUCCGAUCCACGAUGGGAACUAGCUUGGGGCCAAAGGGAAUGGACAAAAUGAUAACGCAGGGAGCAAGCACAACAAUAACAAAUGACGGAAGCACAAUCCUGAAAAUGAUGAAAAUGAAGCACCCCAUUGCGCAGCUAAUAUGUAACAUAUCGCAUUCGCAGGAUGAGCAGAGUGGAGACGGAACAACCAGCGUCACACUGCUUCUGUGCUCUUUGGUGGAGCAGGCCCUUGACCUUGCGUCCAGAAAGGUGCAUCCUGUGGUUAUUGCAGAGGCCAUGGAGGUGGCAAAGAAUCUGUGCAAAGACGUGCUUAUUAAAAAUGCGUCUAGAAUUGAGGGAAGCAUAAAUGUGCGGGACUGCAUUCGGAUUGCUCUGAACUCAAAGAUAGUAAAUGCAUACAUCGACAAAAUAACAGAGGUGACAAUGAAGGUGAUAGAGCACAGCACAGACAAAGAGAAGCAGGACCUUAACCUAAGCAAGGUACGGAGAGUAAAGAUAAAGGGAAACAUGGAGGAGACUGAAAUGGUUGCUGGGAUCGUUCUAUCUGCGCCUUUGAAGAGGAAAACAAAGUUUGUGCCGCGAAAAAUGAAAAUGGCAAUUUUCCAGUGCACGAUUGGGCAGUCAAAGCCAUCGAUCGAUGCGAAGGUAACAAUCAACAACUAUGAAGCAAUGGAGCAGGUGAUAAGAGAGGAAAAGGCACAUGUGCUCUCUCUGUGCAAGCACAUAAAGGACAAGGGAAUUGAUCUUAUAAUACUGCAAAAAAGCAUCAUUCGGGAGUCUCUGUCUGAGCUGGGCCUGCACUUCCUUGAGAGAAUGGGGAUUAUGAUAGUUGACGACGUGGAGAGAAAGGAGAUUGAGCUUUGCGUUGAGCAAAUGGGGCUCACACCAGUUGUAGAUAUCACCGAGAUCAAAGACAGUAUGAUAGGGGAGUACCAUGUAGAGGAGCUGGAGGGGCACAUUAAGAUAUCAGCAGGAGCUGGUGUGUGCACAGUUGUGCUGCGGGGAACAGACGACGUUAUCUUGGAGGAGGUUGACAGAAGCUUCAACGAUGCAAUUAAUGUGGGGAGGCUUGCAGUGAAAAGGCCGCUGAUGACAUAUGGAGGAGGAGUGCCAGAGCUUCUGUGCUACACAGAGAUGGCAAAGUACAACGGAUCGUCUAACCCAAAGAUAAACUACUGCGUCAGAGAGAUAGCAAAGGGUCUUCUUGUCAUACCAGAGAUGCUUGCCGUCAACGCAGGUGCCGACUCCAUAGCAACCGUGGAAAGUCUGAUUAAGCUGCACAGCCAGGGCAAGCACAUGUAUGGGGUUUCAAUAAAAGCUGUUGGAGAGGAAGACAUGAAAAAAGAAAAUGUGGUGCAGCCUGUAGAUGUGUCUAUUUCUGGAAUAUCCGGAGCCUUUGAUGGAGCAUCCACCAUCAUCCGAAUUGAUGACUUCAUACCAGCUGCUAAGUAA